GCAGUUGUGGGGAGUGCCACGUUUUCACCAAGAUCGCUUGUUGGCACCGUUGCGAAGUUUAGGCUGGGUUAUUUGUGGAGUCGGGGAUUUUAGAGUAGCGAUGGUGAAGACAGGUGAAGGCAGUGGCGGCAGGUUCAAGGAGAGGGGAAGAAAAUGUCUCAAGAAGACCCUCAAGUCGGCUGGACUCCAGGGGCUUUGGAAAUUCUUGACGGCGGACUCUUAUAUGUAUGGGGCGCUUCUCUCUCCAGCAGUAACUGCGACUUCGGCUGAGUCUGCCUUAAGGAAAGAGUUCCAGAGGAGGAAAAAGAUGCGGGUUAUUAGGAAUGCUCGGGAAGCCAGGCUCUCUCACAAGCCUGACGAUAGCAGUCACGCCAAGAAGAGCCAACAGUUGCCUCAGCAAACUCUCGGCCACAAUGUGAACGGCGUUGCUACUCCUGACGGUCGCGAGAAGUUCGCGUCGAGGGUGAACAUCGAGAAUUUGUCGUCCAUGAACGAGGACACGGAGACAGAGGAUACUUCAACGCUUGAAAGCAGCGACCAGCAUGCUAGGAGUGAGGACGGCGGCUUCCUCGAUGAUGAGAAGGCCAAAGAGGUCUUUUCGAAACUGGUGAACAAGUUCGGUGGGAGAACAUCCAAGGCCCUUGGUAUCGAUGUAGACAAAGGAGACGACGAAGUCGAAAAGUGGUUUCUUGCUGUGGCCUUGUUCAACCGCAGCACGGCGCUAGAUGUUUGCAGCGACACGUUCAAGAACAUCGUUACUUCAGGGAUCACAAAGCUCACCGAUGUUCUCAAGGCUGACCUGGAAGAGAACGCCAAGGUGCUAGAGAGGGCCGGCUACACGAGCUACCCAGAGAGAACUGCUGCUCGACUGCAAAGGCUGGCACUACAGCUGAAAACUGAACACGCUGGUGCCGUAUGCUCGUUCAAGACUAUCAGCGACCCCUCCGAACUAAACAGGCAGCUAAGUGGCUUGUUCGGACUGAGCCAGAGCAGCAUACGCUUGUUCCUUAGGGAAAUGCGAGGAGUGUGGCCUGUUAUCAGCUCAACAUUCGAUAGGCGUGCGGAGAACGCAGCCAGGCAUCUUAGAUUGAUCGGCUGCAAGAUUGGUUCCACUGAUGAGCGGGAUGUUGAAGCCGCACUGACCAAGCUUGGCUUCUCUCACGCGCGCCACUACCGGGAGUGUUCCGGAGGAAGCGCUUGUGAAAUGUUAAACUAGAGACUUGUGGAGGGACAAUAGAUGGUAAAAAGAGAGGUAGAUAUAGUUGAUGUUGUCUAACUUUCUAAACAUUCAAGGAUUGACGAUCUUGUUGGGGGUGUU